AUGCCCAACUUUAACGUCAUGUGGUCAGCGCUACGGUCUGGCGAGUGGCUCAUCGAAACAACCAUCGAGCUCUUCAUGCAAUUGGCCAUCGCUGACACGGGCGACGCGAUUGCUUUCGUCUUGAUGAGCCAUUACGCCAUCUACAAGAGGAGCCCCACGGACUGGACAACGCGCAUCACCAAAGACGAACGAGAUCGUGCCCAUUUCCAAGCAUAG